GCGAAGUGCUAUUUUUGCCGCUGAGGUGAGGUCGAACACCACAUAACGCUCCGCAGCCGCGAUCUUGGAGUCCGUUCAAGCGUCCUUCUCAUUCCAGACAGUAAUGGCCAACACUCUGCAGGAACAAGGCUCUCGGGAGAAUCCCAUCAAGUUUAAAAACCAAGACUACCAAAGUCUGAAAAGCGAAUGUCUCAAAAGCAAAAAGCUGUUUGAAGAUCCAGAGUUCCCUACGGUGCAGGAAUCUAUCGGGUUGCCGGUGGACUCGGACCCGAGUAAAGCUGUGGUCUGGCUACGACCAAAGGAGAUCAACAAGCAAGCACAGUUUAUUGAGAACACAGCAGAGACCACGGACAUUUGCCAGGGACAACUAGGGAAUUGUUGGUUCUUGGCUGCCAUGUCAUGCCUAACCCUCCAGCCACCUCUCUUUUCUUAUGUGGUACCUGAUGACCAGAGCUUGCAGAAUCAGUAUGCUGGGAUCUUUCGUUUUAGGUUCUGGCAGUAUGGGAAGUGGAUGGAGGUUGUCAUUGAUGACCGCCUACCUACAGCGCAGAAGAAGCUGCUGUUCACCCGAUCAAAGUCCCGAACGGAGUUCUGGAGUGCCCUGCUGGAAAAGGCAUAUUCAAAGCUCAAUGGCUGCUAUGCCAGUCUGAAGGCUGGUAGUGUUUCAGAAGCACUGGAGGACUUCACGGGUGGCAUUGGAGAGACUGUACUAGUGUCAUCAAAGAGCCCUGAGGAGCUAUGGGGGGCAGUGAAUCGUUCCCUGUCCAGGGGUACUCUAUUGUCCUGCUUCAUACAGGCAGCAAAUGUUGGUGAGGUCGGUGUGGAAACUCCAGAAGGUUUAGUCAAAGGUCACGCCUAUUCCAUUACAGGUACCACCACAGUUCAUAACAAUUCGGAUUGCACAUCCUUGCUGAGAGUUAGGAAUCCAUGGGGGUUUGUGGAAUACAAAGGACCUUGGAGUGACAACUCUGACAACUGGAAAAGCAUCAGCAAAGAGGAAAAGGAGCGACUGAAGCUGCAGCUUACUGAAGAUGGAGAGUUUUGGAUGUGCAUGAAAGAUUUCUGCCAAUAUUUCACUACUGUAGAGAUGUGUAGUGUGAAUCCAGACUCUUUGGGAGACUCUGAUUCAGCAUGGGGUAUCACGUCUAAUGAAGGAUCCUGGGUUCCUGGCUGCUCAGCAGGAGGAAGUCCUAACAGCAAAGACUCAUUCUGGCAAAACCCGCAGUUCAUGCUCAAGCUGCUGGAAGAGGAUGAUGAAGUGGGAGACAAUGAACUGUCCUGCAGCGCUGUGGUGGAGCUUCUUCAGAAAUUCCGGAGACAGCGGGACAAAGUGGACUUCCUUUACAUUGCUUUCCAUGUGUAUGAGGUUAAAGGUGCAUGUGGGACUUUGGGCAAAAGCUUCUUUACCUCCCAGAUGCCAAUGGUGAAAUCAGGAGACUACAGCCGCCUCCGGGCAGUGAGGAAGCGCAUACGCCUGCCCCCAGGCCAGUAUGUCAUCGUGCCCAGUACUUUCAAACCUAAUCAGGAGGGGAGCUUCUUCAUGAGAAUCUACGCCAAGAAGGGAAAUAAGCUCAGUAAACAAGAUGACGGCAGCUGCUCCUCAAAUUACAUCAUGACACUUAUGGCUGCACCAGUGGCCACGGAGACAAAGGCUACGUUGGAGAAGCUGUUUGAAAAACACGCAGGGCUGGACAACAGGCUUAAUGCUGUGGAGUUUAUGAAGGUGGCAAAUUCAUUCCUGCCUGAAAACUUCAGUCUUUCUUUGGACACUUGUCGUGGCCUGCUCUUUGGGGAGGAUACAAGAAGCCGAGGCACCCUUAAUUUACAACAGGCCGGACGGCUGGUGACUUCACUGGCAACACUGCAGAAAGUGUUUGUUAAGUAUGAUCAAGACUCCUCUGGGACGAUGAACUCCUUUGAACUCCGGCUGGCACUCGCAGAAGCUGGUUUUCAUCUCAAUGCCAGAGUGAUGGAGCUCCUCUGGCUUCGGCAUGGAACUGAUGACCUCUGUGUGACUUUUGACGGCUUUACCAACUGCGUUGCAAAACUGCGCAAAUUGUUUGACCUUUAUGAGUCAGAAGCCAAACUGACAAAGGCAGUCAAAGAACGAGGAAUCAAUGCAUGGCUUGCCAAGUUCAUCGGAAUCUGAAGUUCUGCACCUUUCCUGCUGAAGCUGCGCCUCGUAAUCCCAAAUCAAAAGUUAAAGUGACAAUUAUCAACUAUUCCCCAACAACUGAACAGACGAAGGCUGUAUUACCUGCAUGGCUUUUAUUUUCAAAUAAACUGAGCCUUUUUAUUUGCUGAU